UACACUAGAUGGCAGCAUUCAGCGAGCACGGAGAAGGAGUCGCUGUCCGACAGGAAUCAUGGCGGACUAUAAGGAGGCACCUUUGGCUACUCGGCCAAAAACGUUGGAUCCAAAUGAAUAUUUUAAUCUUUCUCCCGAGUAUCGACGCGCCGAGGAGGCGAGAACAGCGAUGCGAGCCAAUCUUAAGAGACAGUAUCAGAUGCAGUUGAAUAAUCCGUACAGAAACCAUGGCAUCGAUGAUCCAGCAGUGACCCGCUGGGUGUAUGGGCGGGCGAACCCUUUCCACACGCCCAGAGUCACUGGAAAGACGUCCCUGCUGGGGAUGGUGUUUGGGGUGGCCCCGCUCUUCAUUUGUUACUACCUGUUUAAGACGAGCCGGGACAAACAAGAAGAGGAGAUUAAGGCGGGAAAAGAGAGAACGCAGGUUUGAGUUGCCGUUCUGAGGUUCCGCCAGACUGUUGGGUUGUUCCCCGCGUCGUAAUGUCAGUGUAAUUAUUAAUUAUUAUUGUUGACCCAAUAAAUGUAUAUUAAACACAGUUCAUGUGUGUGAACA